CUACUUUCUUCUGUCCUUAUCAAAACUUGAAAGUGAAAGAAUAAUGAAAGAACUGAAUAAAUACAACCCCCCUACGACUUUUCUGAAGACAACUCAAGAAGAGCUUUGUGGUGACAAGAAUAUCUUAAACAGAUACAGUAAUUCAAUGGGAAAAACUAUUUUAUAAUAUCUGACAGUUUUGAAAAUGGAGUCAUCAGGGAGACCGCUGUCAGCACGACUGCUUUCCCUGCUCAAGAAUGGACAAUGGGAUAAAGAUGAUGUUGUCAAGUUGUUUAAAGCCCUGGUGGAGCAGUUUAAUGGCAGGAAUGAAGAAUUUCCCACAUGGAUGAUGAAAAUUCUUUAUCAAGUGGAGAUUCACAAAAUAAGCGUAUCAGAUUUGACACUGAAUGGUGAGAUUGUGGAUGAUGUUGAGGACAAAAUCAACAAAAUAUCCAAAACCACUGAGGAGAAAACACUGGAUGAGAUUCUAUGGGAAAUUAAGGAACAGGCAGUUAUAGAUGAAAAAACUAUGGCAGAAGUGAAAGACAUUGUGAGCUCGGUGUCCAAAUGUCUAUCAGCUUCUUCAGCACCACAUCUACAAGGAAUAAAGCAAAGUCUGUUUCAACUCUGCAAAGCUGUAGAAAAGACGAUGAAACUCAAACCUCGACUGACUCAGAUGGUGAGCUGGUGCAUUCUGGUGCUUUCUGAAUCCAGUCGGCUGGUUCAGGUUGGAACAGGAGAGGGAAAGUCGUGUAUUGUGGCCAUGUUUGCAGCAUAUCAGGUCAGGAUGGGAAAAACCCCAGACAUCAUUUCAAGUUCCCCAGUACUUGCGGAAAGAGACUGUAGAGAAUGGCUUCGCUUCUAUAAAGAACUGAACAUCACUGCUGAUGUAAACACCAACAAAUCAAAAGACAAAGAGCUGAAAGAGUGCUAUGAAUGUCAGGUGGUCUACGGUACAUCGGACAGCUUUGCAGGUGAUUUUCUGCGACAGCGUUUCCACAGAAGAGAUGUGAGACCUAAAAGAGAGUUUCAGUGUGUGAUAGUAGACGAAGUGGACUCGCUAAUGCUGGACAAAGGUCUUGAAGUGGUCUACUUGAAUACUGAUAUGCCGCUCAUGGAGUCUCUGAAUGGGAUACUGGCUAAAAUCUGGCUAAUCAUCAACCAAGUGAAGUUUUUAGACACUGGAGAGAUUUUAGGUCCCAUUCAGAGUUUCCAUCAGGUACUGUCUGAUAUCAUAAAUGAAAAAGAAAACACUGAUAAAGCUAGUAUUGUAAAGAAUGCAGCAGACGCAGCAAAACUAGAUAAAGCAAGUGUUGCUGAAACUGAAGCAUUUUUAACUAUAUUUGCGACAAACUUCCCAGAUUAUUUGUUUAAAAUUUACCAGGAAGAUCCAGAUGGGACUUUGAAAAAACUGAAAGAAAUAAGUCCCACAGUUACAAUCAGAAGACAAGAAAUUUCAGUACUUCUCUUAGGAAAUGGAAAGUGUCGUUCAGUUUAUUAUAAAGAGGACUCUCUAGUUCAGUCACUGACUAAAAUAAUGAAAAAAUGUUUGCUCUCUGAGUCAAAAAACCAAAACAAAUCUUGUAUCCCAGGUAUGGAAGACCUCAUAAAUGGCAAAGUACAAAUCUGGAUUGAAAAUGCUCUGCAGGCCACUAAAAUGACUCUGGGCCAUGAAUAUAUUCUUCAUGACAAUGAAGUUGUUCCUGUGGAUUAUAAAUGCACUGGUGUUGUUCAGAACAACAUGAGAUGGGGUGAAGGACUUCAGCAGUUUCUGCAGAUGAAACACCAAACCAAACUCUCCAAUAUGAGUCUUAUAACGAACUUCAUGUCCAAUGUUGGCUUAUUCAAGAAAUACAAUGACCAGAUCUAUGGGAUAACUGGAACUUUAGGUGACCAAACAGAGCUUGACAUGCUGAAAAAACUCUACAAUGGCAUGAAGACCUGCAACAUUCCCUCAUUCAGAAGGAGGAAACUUUAUGAGCUGGAAGGCCUGGUGGUUUCUGAAGAGGACGAGUGGAUCAGGACCAUCUGUGAUGCUGUUCAACAUCAAGUGUUUCCUACAGUCUAUCGAGGUCCACGAGCAGCUCUCAUCAUCUGUGAAACAAUCAAUCGUGCUGAAAUGUUUCACAAGACCCUUGCAGACACCAUUUCAAAAGACAAGCUGAAACUCUAUGUGAAUAACAACAUGAAUAACUCCACAGUAAUUGAUAAAACUGUUGAAGGCGGUGACGUAAUCAUUGCAACAAAUCUAGCAGGCCGAGGUACUGACCUAAAGGUCUGUAAAAGUGUAAAUGAAGCAGGAGGUCUGUUUGUGCUGCAAACCUUCCUACCUCUGAACAUCCGUGUUGAACAGCAAGCGUUUGGACGAACAGCUCGACAAGGAAGUCCAGGAUCUGCUCAACUCAUCAUGUGUGACAGUCAUUUCUCGGAAUCAGUCAAACUAGUGAUGGACCUAAAGACAUCUCUACCAAGUUUACUUAGCCAUGUCGAACACCUCACAAUGAUACUAAAGUCAUGUCUUAAAAACACAUUGUCCACACAGAGUCUAUUUGAGGAAACUGUCUAUUGUUACUUGAACAAACGCAGCUCUCAAACCCAUAAGGCAAUGAUUUUGGCUCUCACAGGCUUCUUAAACAUGGAAUCCGCCCCAUUUAUGGGUUGCAAUCUUGCAGAGGCAAAGGAUGCCAGAAAAAUUCUGGUAAAAAUCAGACUCUCAAGAUUUCUUGAAAAAGAUGUUGCAAAAAUCUCUAAAGAGGAAGAGCUUUUUUCCAUCUACCUUGAUAUUUUGGACCAAAUUUAUGAAGAUGAUGUUUUCCCUGACCAGCGAGAUGUGAUUGUGUCCUCUCUUCAUGAGUGUUGGGGUUUGUGGCUCCUGAUGAAUUCUAGUGAGGAAAAGCCCAUAGAGAUGCAGAAGGAAAAGCUGAAAGUGGACUUGUCAAAUGCAAAGCAGAAACUUUUUAGUAAACAGUCUCCAUCCUCAAUGGUCUACUAUUACAUUAGGUCUGGAAACAAUCUCCGUGAACAAAGAUGCCUUAAAGAGAGCAUGGACAUGUACACUAAAGCUCUGGAGGAGGAUGCAUCUGGUUCAAUUAUUCCGCUCUAUAAUCGUGCACUGGCCACUAUUAUGAAGAAGGAUGCUGGUUAUAUUGCCCGAGCACUGGCUGAUCUGGAAAAGGCUGUCAUUGCAAUAGAUUUAUACAAGUUACAGCUAGCAAGUAUUCAUAUUCUUGUGAAAUCAUCAAGCCAUGAGCCAUCAACAGAAGCUGAUAAUUUGCUCACCAAACAGAUUCAUGUGAAGUUCGUGAUUGUAGACCAACUCAAAAUUAACAUUCAAGAUGCUGUAAUGAAGUUGAAAAGGGCUGAACGCAGAGGAGAUGAUGUGAGACUGCUGGAAAAACAUGUAAUUUUUCUAGCUAAAGACUUUCUGAAGAGGACUAUAGGCCGAAGAAACAUAAGCCUGGCAGAAGGACUUGCCCUUCAUCUGAUAGAAGACUUUACAAAGACGGCUACAAUCAGACGAGGAGAUGUAAACGUGAUUGAAAAAUAUGUUCAGCAUUUCUUUGGGAAUAGGCCUGAGGGCAGAAGAGAAGACGUGAACAUGAAUGAAAGUCUUUCAUUUGAGCCAUUAGACGACUUUAUUCGCAGUUCUCAAAGAAACCUUGUAGAGUUGCUAAGAGAAUAUGAAUAUUUCAUGUCAUUAGGUCUUGACACGAUUUUUGAGUUGGACACCAUAUUUUCUGUCAGUGGCUAUAUAUCAAAGAUUUUUAAAACACCUGUUUGAUAACGUUUUAAAAUUGUUUUCCAAUCAUAUUAACAUGAGUUCUGCAUGUUGACAUACAUCAUAAUUGAUGUAUGAUGUACACAUUUUUCUAUAUACCCUUUGUAUUCCUAUAAAUCACAUUUUGAACUUUCAUGUAAUCUGUAUGAACAAGUAAAUAUAAAAAUGUGAUCAUGUUAAGAAUUUGGGGCAUGGGGGGGGGGUUCUAAAUGUCUGCUG